AUGCUUGCUGCAAGCGUGCUGGCGGCAUGGGACUGGAUCAACUUCCGUCUCGCAGUUGCAUUGAUGACCAGGGUGUUCCUCACCCCGACCGUCUUCUGCGUGGUACUCAUUGCGUGCGCUGGCAUUCAUGCAACCACGGGCAUCAUGGUCGCCCUCCACGAAGACCACGGGGACCCCCUGCCGCAGAGCGACAUCAACGAGGAGGAGCUUCAGACUUUCCCCUUUGAGCAAGGCUGCAGCGCUUGCACAGCGGACCGUAAGCCCCACAAGCGGACGGUCUCCGCGAAAACGGGCUCUUGCUGGGGCCAGAGGCCGCUGGGUCAGGCGCCGCCGAACUACGGCGGCUGCCUGCCUGGUGUCGGGCCGGGACUCCAGCGUGUCAGCUGA